AUUUUUCACAAAGUCAAAAGUCAAAACAAAAAUGGCGGAUGAAGACGAAAUUGACAUUUUAGGAGAUUUUUCUUUUAAUUCCUGUUUUGCUCAAAAUAAUCAAGGAAUACCUUCUUGCUCCAACCGGGAGGACACGGUGCAUCCACAAUGGCUUUUAGACUCCACGGAGACAAAUUGGUAUGACAAGCAAAGCAAUAGAUUUAAGGAAGGAUCACCAAGAAAGCUUUAUGGCAACAAGUCAUUUGACAAAAACUAUAAUGACUCUCACACAGCUUGGAGUCCGGCUGAAAGGGAGAUUCUCAUUAGAGAAAUGGCAAAAUAUGGGAGAAAUGUACGAAAAAUAUCGCAAACCUUAAAAACAAAGACUGAAGCAGAGAUACAGGCAUUAAUAGAAGCUGAAUAUGGAGUGAACUUAGAGACUCCAUCAUUUGGGCUGGAGAAACAUGAGGACCAUGACAAUGUGCCAGCAGUAGUACAAGAAGAAAUAGUCACUGAUGAUGUCACCAGCAUAAAUAAUAUUAUUAACAUGGUCACCACUGGAGCACCCACAAUAACCAUGCCAAAGAAACCUUACAGAAAGAAAAACAAUUCUAAAAGUUUACUCAAACCCAAUGUAUUAGAUAAAAGCUCUGACCUAAUAGCUAUAAACCCCGCAGAAAUAUUGCAUGAAGAUGACCUUGUGAUAGGCUCAACAGAAUCCAUUGGUUCUGAUCUAGAAUUAGCUGAUAUUGUGUCUAAGAACAUUGUGAAGUAUCAGGCUAAAGUUAAAGCUGAAAAAAAGAUAGGUAAUCAUAGAAGGAAAGUGUCAAGGAACUAUGAUAAGGGGAGUAGGAACAAGAGUAAGGAGUUGCUGAAGUCACCUCCGGGGAGACAGAGGAAGGACUCCAGUUUGUCUGAGGAUAGUUUGAAAAGUCCUAAGAUGCAGAUAGUAUUGGGAUCUGGACUGGCCUUGCCAGUGUCUGAAGGAGAGCAAGUGAUAAAAAUUGAAAAGAAGAAAGACUCAGAACCAGAAAGUGAUAUAGAGAUAGAUGUGGACAGUGAUAGUGAGGGUAGUUCUAUAAAGACAACACCCAAAAAGGAGGAUACUGCUAAGACGGGGUCCCAAGAGGCUCCCAUAGCUGUGCCACUCAGCAGGUUCGAGCCUAUGCCCAAGAGACAUAAGAAAAUUAAUUUGGACGGCGGCGGCGGCUACACCAUAAUGCACACGGAGGCGGGCGACCUGUUCGCGGUGGGCGCCGAGCCGCGUCGCGAGCGCCCGCCGCGCAAGCAACACGUGCAGCUGCUGCGCUGCCGGACAUACAGUGCGGACAGACCGGCUCCCUUUGAGGUCCAGUUGCACGUGUCGACGCUGCUGCUUAUGGACGCACACGGGCACACGUCCCGCGGCGAGGUCAUGGGGCUGCUGGGAGGGGCUCGCGUCGGGCCCGCACUGCGCCUGGCCGCAUACCGCGUGGCCAGGGCGGCGGCCGGGAGCACGCACUGUGACAUGGACCCCGUGAGCCAGUCCCAGGCGGCGGAGUCGCUCCGCGCGGCGGGGCUGCGCGUGUGCGGCUGGCAGCACUCGCACCCGCAGUUCCCGGCGUGGCCGUCGGCGCUGGACCUGAGCUCGCAGCGCGCGCUGCAGGCCGCGCUGGACUGGCGCCUGCCCUUCGUGGGCCUCAUCACCUCGCAGCACUGGCCCACCGGCCGGACCGCCUCGCAGUACCGUUGCAUCCGCGUGGAGGACGAUGACAAGGCGGACGUGCCGACAGGCUACCAGUUCAGCGUGAAGCUGGUCCCGGACCUGUCUGCCGCGGGACUGGCCGCCUUCCUGCAGGAGCUGCGCGGCGUGCUGCUGGACCGCGACAGCGACCGCUACGCAGUGGACAUGCUGCACGACGUCUGUCCGCAGGCCAAGCUCACCUAUCUAGAGAAAUUCAUUUCAAGUGCAACGCAUCACCUCCGAUCAGCUGGUUACGAAGAUGAUGACCCAUUCGUUAAACAAGUGAUACAAGGCAUAAGAGAUAUAUUUAGAUAGGAACCAUAAUUUGUCUUUAUGGGUUUCGUUUUUGACGCGUACAUGUUAUGUAUGUGGAGGUAUUGAUGAAAUUUUACCAAUAGUGGUUAUGAAGUCUUGAAGAUGCAUAAAAUAUUGUGUUGUGACAAUACUUUUGUUGUUUUUGUGUCAACUGCGAUGGCCAUGAGUCGUGUGUUACAUGGCCUCUUAUGAAACAAUGUUGAUGUUUGGAUUGAGCUUUGAGCCAUUUAAAGUCUGUAAACUGAAGUUAUAAAUUGAGUGUUACGUUUUGUUCCGAACAAAGUUUUUCUAUAGUACUUUGUAUCUGCAGAAAAUGUUCUGAUGAAUACUUGAAACAGGCCUUGUAUGAGCCAAGUUAGCAACUUGUGAAAAAUGAAUAGGAAGAUACGAUAUUUCUAUAACUUAAAUGCACAACUAUAAUAGUGAAAUUUAAUUGUCUAUAAUGGAAUUAUAUUUGUAGGUGUAUAGACAUCAAUAAAUACGGAUUUAAAUAUUGUGAUGUACUUAUAUAAUAAAGUAGUGGCUGAGAUACAGACUGGUGUAUUUUAAACUUCUUAAUCACUCUUAGAGCUCAUAACUGUUAUAGUAUUAGAUAGAAAACAAUUCAAUGUGUGCUAUUUGUAACUCGUUUUUUUGCAGAUAGUAGGUUUUAGACUUAUUUUUGAUCUGUCUACCUCUUUCACCUAAUAAAUAGGUGAUUUAAAAGUAUUCUGUAUUGAACUUCACGUUCAGUAUCAUAUUACAUUAUCAUAGUAGGUAUAUAGAUAAAGUGAGUGUUUGUAGGACAAUAACGAGCUUCUAUAUCUUUGAAAUUCCAUGUAAGUUUAAUAAUUUAUUGAGUUUUUUGUAAAUUUUAUAAUUAUUUAUAUUUCGGCUAUUCAGUAUUAAUACAAGAGUGUAUAAUUUAAUUGAAUUUAAAUUCUAAGAUGAUAUUAAGUAUUAGUUUUUUCUUUAUGUUUGAAUCUAAAUAAAAUAAAUUUGCGGUUAAUAAAACUACAUUGACUGCAUAACGUAAUGCUGUA